GCUUCCUCGCAGGACUUAUGGCAUCGGCGCUGCCCCCCAAUUUCUCUUGGGUCGUCUCAGGCCUGUUGGCUGGGCUGGCCAUGCCCCGGCUGCCUGCUCAUUACAAGUACAUGCAUGACCACGGGAUCCGGCACCUGGUGUCGCUCACCGAGCGGAAUCCGCCUUAUCACGACACCUGCCCGGGCAUCCAAGUGCACCGUCUACGCAUUGCCGACUUCUGCUCCCCCUCGGCCGAACAGAUCCAGCGGUUUCUGCAGAUUGUGGAAGAUGCCAACGCCAAGGGGGAGGCUGUGGCUGUUCAUUGUUUGCUGGGCUUCGGAAGGACGGGAACCAUGUUGGCCUGUUACCUUACAAAGGCCCACAAAAUCAGUGGGGCAGACGCCAUCCAGAAAAUCCGCCAACUGCGUCCGGGCUCCAUCGAGACGUACGAUCAGGAGAAAGCAGUAGUCCAGUUCUACCAGCGUACAAAAUAGACGCAGGAAAGGAUGAAACUGGCCUGUGAGAAAGAACACAACGGUUGUGUCUCUUUCGGCUCCUUUCUGGGGGGAAAACAAGUUAUAACAAGUUCACUUGAGAGAGUGGAUCUAACAGGGAUCCGGUCUGACUGGAGUCACACACAAAAUCACAAAG